UAAGUCUUCUUGUUGAUGCUGGUGCUGAUCUUUCAAUAAAGGAUGUGCUUGGAAGGACUGCACUUCACAGAACACUGGCAAAUAUGGACAAUUUUAGAUUCUUGUGGGACAAAUGUCCAGAAUUCACACACUCAGUUGAUAAGAAGGGACAGACACCAGUACACAGAGGACUCUUAACCUUUCGCUAUCAUUAUGACAUGAGGUAUGUGGUACAGGAGUUGCUGGCAGCAGGUGCAGAUUACAAAUCAUGUGAUGAAGAUGGGAAGACAGCUUUGAGUUUGGCAGCAGAGCAACACUGUUAUUAUAUUGUGAAGUCAUUACUGAAAGCAGGAGCUGAAACAUCAUGUUGUGGUAAAGACACACUUACACAAAUUCUCCACCUUGCUGCAUGGAAUGAUGAUUUUGAGUUAACUAACAAAGUAAUUGCUGAAGGAGCGGACGUGAAUGGCAGAAAAGUUCGUGGGAGAUAUUCACCAUCAACAGAGAAAGGCCACACUAUAAGAUGUUUGGGAUGCUACACUGCAGGAGAUGGUGUAGUGCAUGAUGAGCUGUCAGGCCAAUCCCCUCUGUUUGAUGUUCUUCGUUCUUUGAAGAUGGUCAAAUUGCUGAUUGAUGCUGGUGCAGAUGUGAAUUUCAAAGAUGACUAUGGUUGCACUCCACUUCACAGAGCCCUUGAAAGUGGACAUUAUGAGAUCCUGGAAGUGCUGCUAGAUGCAGGUGGUGAUCCAAAUAUUGUAGAUGUCUGUGGAGUAUCCCUGCUCCAUACAGUAGCAUCAAGAUCUGUAGCGAACAGGAUUAGGCAUCCAAAGUCACUUCAGAAAAUUAUGAGGUUUGCUGAGAGACUUAUUCAAUCUGGAGCCAAUAUAAAUAUUAUGGACCAUCGAGGCAGAACACCACUACAUUAUGCUGCAGUAGAAGGAAACAACGAGGGAAUAAUACACCUUACAAGAAACAUGAUAGAAGCUGGAGCUAGAGUGGACAAGGCUGACCAUCAUGGCAGAACACCACUACAUUAUGCGGCACCGGCAGGAAAUUAUAAGUAUGUGGAAGUACUCAUCAAGGCCGGAGCUGAUGUAAAUACUGUGGACAUGGAUGGUGCGACACCACUUCUGAUGCAAACCAGAUGUAACUAUUAUGAGGUUACUGAAUUACUGGUUGCUGCUGGAGCUGAUUUAACAGCAAGUGAUAAAGAUGGUCAGAGACUCAUACAUCGAGCAUCUCUAGCUGGGAGCACUACUGGCAUCGACAAUCUUAUAGAUAUUUGGCCUUCAACAUGGGGCUGUGACCACGUUGGGAACACUAUUCUACACUUUUCAACCAGAUGUGGCCAAAAUAGACUUAAGUGUAUAGAGCACAUUGUGAUGCGGAAGCUGGUGUCUGUAGAUGAGAGAAAUGUGGAAGGACAGACACCACUAGCAACACUUUUGCAGCACAGUUCACUCUGGGACUCUGCACAGCGUGAAGUAGAGAUCUUGCUGGCAGCAGGAGCAAAUCCAACUGCUAAGGACAACAAAGGGAAUACACCUUUACACAUUGCAUCCAGUGUUGGCAAUGUGAAGGUAAUGGAGCUCUUGAUCAAGGCUGGAAUAGACUUUACUCUGAAGGACAUCGCAGGUAAAACAUCCUUUGACUGGACACCCAGUGCAGAAGGCAUGGACCAUCCACCACAUCUAGCAAACCAGAAAAAAGUGGAAAUAAUUAAUGGAAAGAACAAUGAAGGUCAUACACCACUAAUGCUUGCAGCAGGCAGGGAUAUAGCCAGCUUACUCCUCAGGGAAGGAGCAAGUAUUAGUGUGGAAGAUCACAAUGGGAGGACACCUUUGCAAGCAGCUAUUGACCGUGGCAGUCAUCGUGUAGUAAGAUUGCUAUGGGCUGCAGGAAGCAACUUUCUCGAUAUCCCACAGGAGUGUCGCAUCAGAGCAGUCCAUUUAGCUGUAAAAUCAGCAGAUUUUGAGGUGUUGGAACAUUUGAUUUCUUUGGGAAUAUCCUUAUCAGACUGCUGGUGGGAUCCUGACCAUAAGACAACAUUGCUCCAUUGUGCAGCAGAAUGUGGUGUGGGAAUGCUGAAGUAUCUCACAAAUCUUGGUCAUACAGAACAUGUUCCAGAUUACAAAGGGCACACCCCAUUACACUGUGCCAUUCUGUCAUCAAAUUACAUAGGAGCAAAGUAUUUGCUUGAUGAAGCACAUGUCCCAGUUGAUGCCAGGGAUUUUGAUGGAAACACAGCUUUAAUGCUGGCAGCCAGCAAGGAUCUGUAUUACAGUGAACUAUUUGAUAUGUUUGAGAUUCUGGUGAAUGCCGGGGCAGACAUUAAUAUUAAAGACAGAAAUGGUAAGACUAUAUACCAAUUGGUAGAGGGUGCUUGGGCUGAUAAGAUGAAAGAACUACUGGAUUACAUGCAAUAUCGACUUUAAUUAUAACAGAUGUACCACUUAAAACUGGUACACCUCAUGCUCAAGAUUAAAGUAACGGUGAAGUAACUAAAAAGAGAAUAGAUAACAGUAAUGUUAAAAAAUAUGUAGUUAUCUAUUUAUAAGAGAUGCUUGAAGUGGUUGCCAUGGACAUCCAGGCCACUUCACACAAGCAGUUCGCCUAGAGACGAUUAAGUGGUACAUGAGGUGUACUAGUUUUAUGUGGGACACCCCUUACAUGGGCCAGUAAAAAGUCCUGAAUGUUAACAUAAGCAACAAAUGAAGCUGUGGGAUAAUGUAUUUGGGGUACUUAUCUACAUACAAUUUAUUUUUGUAUGUUUCAUUAUUUUUUGAAUAAAGAUCUAAAAACCAUA